UGUAAAAGGGGCCCCGGCACCAUUAUCUUUCUUUUAAAAAUUAAAUGAGACCCCUGCAUUAAUUGUAUUGUUGCGUCGAGAGACAUGAUGGAAGCUUAUUAGAUUGUGUUGUUAUUCCUUUGUCUAUACUAAAUCUCACCAUUAAUUAAUUAAUUAUGUUGGUUAAAGAAGUGUGUUACGUUGCAUCUCUCAUGCUCACAAAUUCCCAAUCCUCUCGUUUGUGAUUGUUUCUUUUGGAAAAGAUAAGUCCAUUCCUUGAUCCAUGCUUUCAAACUCUUUUGGAUUUUAAGUAAUCAUAUAUGUACAUAUGGUGGCCUCGGUCUAUUUAUUGGCGGAGUUAGGAUUUGAAAGUAUCUGUGUCCUCUUUUCGAAAUAUAAAAAAAUAUUAUAUAUAAUUAGAAAAAAUCACACCCAAAUAUAUCAUUCAUAAAUAAUAACGAAAUAAUCAAUCAAUACAAUCAUUAUUUUCAUAAACAACCACGAUAUAUUUUCAUAUUCUGAGUUAAAUUUAAUUUAUGUAUGCCUUUAAACAAGAAAUGUCUUGUAAUUUAGUGGUAUAACAAUCUUAUAUUACCUAAAUAUCAUGAAUUCAAUACUUAGUUUGUACAUAUAUGUGAUAUUUUUUUGUUAUCCUAGAAAUUACCUAUGUCUUGGGGACACAUUCCAGGACCCUUGGCUCCGCCUACGGGUCUAGUCUAAGAGAUCUAAUGGCUAAGGCAUCAUUGCAAAUUUGCAACCUUUGACAAGGAGACCAUGUUUUUUUGGAGUUGGGAAGCUCAAGAAGGACAACUUGUAUGCUAGAGGUUAGCACAGCUGAGUUGGACAUUCUUAAAGACAAGUAGGGCUAUUAAUGAGCCGAGCUAUUUGUGAGCGGCUCGGUCUCGAACUCGAUAAAAGUUUGUUCGAUUAAAAAAAAUCUUGGCUCGUUAAUAAACAAGCCGAGUUUGAGCUCUACCUUGUUCGGCUCGUGAAGCUCGUGAACUAGCUCGAUUAGGUGGCUCGUUUAAUACAACUCAUGAACUGUCUCGUUUUGAGCUUAUGAGAUGUCCCAACAUUGUGACUAGAGAGCUAACUCGACUACAGCUUAUGAGAAAAUCAAUCUAUAUCUUAUGAGCCGGUUUGUCAAUGAUGCAUAUAAUUAUUAAAUUAUAUAUAUCACCUCAUAUGGUAUUUAAACAUUGAGUAUAUGUAAGCAAAUACGUCUCAUAUAUGACAUGACAUUAGGUAAUCACAUGUAUAACAUAUGACAUAUAAAUAUUAUGAUAUUUAUAUUAUAAAUUAUCUUAGAGUUGAGCUCGAGCCAAACUUUCAAUCUUAAUGAUGUGUCAAGGUGGAUAAUAUAAUAACACUAUGCAUGCAUCUUUGAGAUUAAUGCUCAAUUAAUCAUUAAGAAAUAUAUGAACUAUGUAAGAUAUGUAAGAAUAUUGGUUGGUUGGUUGGUUGAUUGAUUAGAAAGUUUUCCAAUUAGGGCUACGAUUGUCGUGAUGGGCCAUUUCUCUAUUAGUGUCGUGGCACGUGGAAACGAAAAUGAGGACUGCAAUAACAUAAUGGAGAAGAAAGAUUAGAUUGAACUAAUCUAUUCGUUUAAGUGGGUGGGUUGGUUUAAUAGUUAAAGUCGAUUAAUAUUUCAUGUUUUUGUUUCAAAAUUGGUUUCAACUUUUAAGUUCUAACUAGGUGGAGAUGCCGCGUCUUAUCGUGGAUGGAGAUGGUUUAUGGGCAUGUAUUAUAUAGUUCGUUAUGGUGUUAUGUUAGUAUAAUUAGUCUAAAAUUAAUUUUUAGUUAGUAGUUUUGUUAGUAAUAUUGACUUUACAAUAUGAUAUUGACUGAGAAGAGAUAUAUGACGGUCAACACAAGUAGACCCAUUGAUUAUUGGUUGGGUAUGGGUGGCGUAUAUAUGGGUAUGGAAGUUUGUAGAUGGGUUUGGGUAGGGUAUGGAUAUUUAUUUCUAUAAUCUAAAUGUGUAUGAGUUGGCUAUGGAUACCCAUUUACUCGAUGGUGUUUUAAUUACACAUACAAAAAAUAGACCUAUUCGUAGAACUUCAAAAGUUUAGGUACCAAAAUGUAAUACACAAAAAUUUUAGGUACUAAAAUAUAAUUUUACAUCAAUAUUUUGAGGACUUAUAUGCCAAAAAAAUAAUUAAGGUUAUAAAUCUAAAAAUCUGUUAAGUUUAGGUACAAAACUGUAAUUUACAUAGUUGAGGUUUAGUUCCUUUUGUGGUGAUGUAUUUAAGACGAUAAUUAUUUACCUUUUAUAAAAAAAAUGGAAACUAUUUAUUUGAUAUGUGUAGAUACCUAUCUAGCCAUGUAUAAUUGUUGAAAAUUCUAGCACGGGUGAAAAAGAAAAACUCUAGAAAGAAGCAAAAGGAAUACAAUCUGAAACUCGCUUAAAAUUUCACGCAUUCAAAUCCCAUAGUAAAAAAAUGAUGACUUUAUAAUAAGUAAUAACCAUGUAUAUAUAUCUUUAAUUGGACUCGACAUUGAGCUGAAAAAGUUAGCGGUUCGUGGUUCAAUUAUUAGUUCUCUAGACUUUUGGUGAGUCGUGUAUGUACAUGUUCAUACUUGUGAUUAAAAUACAUAAAAAUAGUAUACUAAUUAGGGUUAGACGAAGAAGGCAAAGAAAAAAUAAAUAAAGGGUUAUUGAAGGCGAGUCAAAAAUGAAACGAAAAGGAAGUAGAUGAUGGAAAGGUUUUGACCAGUUCUUUAUUUGGCCGUCAAUACAACAAUCAACCCUUUUCGCAUAUUUUGUUACAUGUACUUAGUAAAAGUUUGUUUAGUACCCCAUAAAUGUACUAAAUGAGUUUAUAAAUUCGCUCUUGCAAUAUUUUAGAGUCGUCUCUCUUUUAUUAUUUAUUUAAUAUUUCACGUAAUGAGCAAAUAUAAAAUGGUCGAAUAUCCUCAUACGGUUGAGAGAUACAACAUUUUGUAUCGUACAAACUAAAUUUAUACUUUUAUGUUAGGUGGAUUGGAUUCAUGGAUUCGAAUGAAAUCUAAAUAUUUGACAAAUAUGUAAUAGGUACGAAAAUCUCAUAAAAAUUAACAAAACAUAAUUGUUCAAUGAUUUUACAUUAAAACUAAAUUUGGGGUAUCAAAAUGUAAAAUAUACAUUAUAGUAAAUAAGUUUUGAUUUAAUUUAAUUUGGGAUAUCAAUUAGCAAAAUUACUAGAUAACAGUAAGACUACUUCACGUUUAUAUAUAUUAAUUUUCAAAAUAAUGAAAUCUAAAUCCUAAGAUUUUGCAUAUAAUAUAUGUGAUGUAUUUUGAAGGAUCAAAAUAAUCAAUUAUUGUUCCCGUUUAAAUUGUUAUGAGAGUAUAAGAUUUAUAAAAAGAAGGGUUACAUUUUAAUUUUUAGGGUUUAUGAUAUUGUAUCAUUCCCCUAAAUCCAAAUUCUUAAAAGCCUAGACAACAUUUAUUUACUAAAAAUAUGCAAAUGUGAUGAUAGUUAAAUUAAUGCAUUGUAAACUAUAAAUUAGUGUGAUAUGAUUUCCGUUGUUUUGUAUGAUAGUUAUUCUAGUAUUUAAGUAAAUAUAUUAUUUUGUGAGUGAAAUAUCAUUUUUAUCUUUUAUUUGAAAUAUAAAAAAGUAAUACAUACAAAAAUUUAGAAAACAAUCUCAACAAUAUAAUCUAAAAUAUUAUAUUUAAUCAUCACUCAAUUAAAGUGAUAAUUUGCAUCAUAUCAAGCAAAAAAAAAUUUAUUGUUUGUGAAAAAAAAGAAACAAUAUAUUAUGAAAAAUAUAAUUCUUGUAAUAAUAUCAACCAAACUAUCACCAAACCAAACGAAAUCCGCCUAUAUUGAAAGAAAGAAACCCGCCGCAUGCCCGUGUACUGUACACACAUACACCUUUUACUGUCCAUUGUGACUGAGAUUUACUGUUUCAAACUGGCGUGGGCUGGCGUGUGGGCUGUUGUUGGGUGAGGCCUCAUUGGGAUCUGACGGAGUUUUGGGGCUCGGUCGGGGUGGGACUGGUCGUUGCCUUCUGGUUGCCCUUCUUUGGGGUCGUUUGGUGGCCCCGACGCACGUUGGUCAUCAGAGAUCGAUAUUUGACUUUGGCCCGAGAGGGCACGCGGAUCGAGGGUUUUUCGGUGACUCUGUGGGUGUUCUGCUGGGUAGGGAUCGUUGAGUGGUGGGAGAUCUGGCGGGUUUGGGAGAGACUGUGCUGGGAGAUGGGAUAGCUUAGAGAUGGUGGGCCAUGAGAGGGACUGAAAAGUUGAUUGAAAGGAGUUGUGUUGCUCAGUAUCUCUGCAUUGGGGUCGUUUGGUGGCUCUGACGCGCGUUGGUCAUCAGAGAUCUAUAUGCUGCUUUGGCCCAAGCGGGUGCGUGGAUCGAGGCUUAUUCAGUUGCUUUGGGUGUUCUGCUGGGGAGGGAUCAUUGAGCGGUGGGAGAUCUGGCGGGUUUGUGGAUGUGUGGAUGAGAGUGACAUGCCUGGACAGUGGAGAGGUGGGUCGUUCGAGAAACAGAAAAGGGUUUUCUAGAUACAGAGAGAUACCUUGACAUGCUUUUUCUCUGCUGUAUGAAAAGACCGGUUUUUGGUGUCUCUGGGAGGGGUUGGAAAGUCCUUGCGUUGUUCGACGCUGAGAGAGGCUAUUACUGUUUUGUGCAGGCUUAGGCAUUAAUUAAUUGAGAGGAUCCGUUUCUUUUCUUUUUCUUCAGCUUGGUGCUUAAAGAAAACUUUGCUUCUCUUUAGCAUGUUACUCUCUCCCCUUUUGUUAUUCAACUCUCCGACUGCUCUCUCUCUCUCUCCCUCGGUGUCCUCUCUGCGUUGGGAUUUCUCAUCUCUCUUCUUGGGAGAAGGGCGGAGUUGAAAGCCACGAAGAAGAAGGUUUGAGAGAUCUGGAAGAGAUCCAGACCCACUGGAGGACAGUUGAGAGGUCUGGAGAAGAUCCAGUUUCGCAGGUUUUGUAUUCGUCCCAGGUGAUUUAUCCGUCUCUCUAUGUUGAGUUUGCUUUUCUCUUUUUGCAAGUCUCUUAAUCGUUUGGAUCCUGUGUUUCUGUUUGUAAUUGCAGGUAGUUGAAAGGAUGAUUAGCUACUUUUGUUCGCUGGGCCAUCUCCGAUUUAUCGGUAUAUAAUCACAUCUUUCUUUUCAUCCUUUUGUUUGAGGGAUUGUUGGUGAUUUUCGGAAUCUUAAAUCGAGGAUUGUUUUAUGAGUUGUGUGGAUCUGAUAGGUUUUUUGCCAUUUCGAUGAGGAUGAAGGGGUUGAUUGGAUGAGGAUUGAGGAGCCCGCCAUCUGCUGUUUCCCUGCACCAGUGAGGAUGAAGAAUGCGUCGUCUGUUUGCACCUUCUUCUGACCAGUAUAGAAUACUGACUGUGCAGAUCCGCAAGUUUUCAUAAACUCUUAUGCUAACGGUCGCGUCAACUCCCUGUCUUUCCCUCUACUUUUUUUCUUCUUUUGCGUUUUAGGUUUGUUGUGAUCAUUGUUGUUACAAUCCCUGAUUAGUUCCUCUGUUUCUUUGUUCUUUUGAUGCUGGGAUUUUUACAUUGAGGGACAAGUAUAAAUGGGUUCGGAGAAGAUCAAAAUCCAGAGAUUGGCCUGUUGUAUUAGGUAAUUGUGCUCUCACUCCCUUUCUCUCUUGAGGUUAUCAGUCUUAAUUAAUUAAUUUUAAAUGGGGUACUCUCUUUUUCCCAGCAUCAGUAGAGUGAAGUCUAUUUCCUCUCUUUUCCUUGGUGACAAUGGCUAGAAUUUCACUUUAGAAAGAGCUUGGUCAGCCGUGAUCGUCCUAUCCCUGCGAAAUGACAGCACACAAGUCUGCUUUAGAAGUGGGUAAUACUGAAUUCGCAGCUGUUUGUUUACGGUCUACAUAGUGAUUCUACUGUAUUCAGAGUUUGCUGGGUCUUGGAGAUGAAUCACUAUAGUCACCCAGUAGUUCCAUUUGAUGUCCCCAUGUUUUAUUACUUAUGAAGGUUCCUCUUGAGCCUCUGGCAAAUUGCCCUUCCGUUAUGGAAUCAAACGAUAGUUGAUGUUUAAUCACUCACACGUUUGUUAAGCACUGAAUUUUAAUUUAAUCUACUACAUCAUUGUUAUUGUGCACCUAUUUGAAUGUUCUUUUAUGUCCUCCCAUUCCUGCUGCUUCUGUUCUCGGUAUGAUUCAUUUGAAAAGAUGUUUUCCUCAAAUGCCCUAGACUUUUGGUUAACGUCUCUCUUUUCCGCAAAACCAUCGAGAGCUUACAAGGCAUGCAAUCUUUCUGUUCCUCAGGCUAUCAUCUGGUGGGCAUGCAAGCAAAACAUAUCGAACACGUGAAAAUCAGGGCAUGGAACCAUUGUAUCAGAGUGCUAAUUAUAAUAAGGUUUCUUGAUCUGGAAUAUGCUUUGUUAGUAGGUUAGGUGAAGACUUGACUUCACAACACAUGUAUCAUUCUCUGUGUGAACUGAACACGUGCAAAGUGAGAGACAGCCAAAUGAAGGUGGUUGGUGUUGUUCAUAACCUUUUUUAUUGUCAUUUGUUUCUGUUGUCGAUCAACCAAGAUCAACCAAACUCUUUCGACUCCGUUGUGAAGAUUUGCAUCGAUAAAUUCGGCAUGCUUUUCCUUUUUAUCUUAUACCAUAUUCUAAUUCUAAAGUACUCGAGAAUUGUACCAGAUAUGUAGGGUUUUUUUUUAUCGGACCAUUAGCAUUACAUACAUGCAUAUAAUUUUUAUCCAUUUGUCCAUCAUGGCGCCAAAGUGAAUUCUUUCUAACUAUCAAAUUUUCAUAUGGGUUUUAGAUAGUUCUUGAAAACGUGAAUUUGAGAACUUCUAUAUUAACUAAGGUCGCAUCCAAAACCUGAACUUGAGAAUUUCUAUUGAAAGAAAGGUCACACUCAUCCCGUCGCGGAGCGCGGGAAAAAAAAAUCUAGUAUAUAUAUAUAUGCAGAGAGAAUGACAAGUAUGGUUCUUGGACCCUACCAAACCAUCAGCCAACCCAAAGGCACCGAUGUUAUUCCCAUCCAAAAUUAUUAUCUACAUUAGUCUAAAGAAUCCAAAAUGUCAAGGAAUACUUUGAUCUUAACAACCCUAAUCCUUUGAGGUACUGUCCCCAUCCACUGAUCCACAAUAUAAUAACAAACCAUAACAUAAGAAAAGCUCGUUGAUCUCAGAAUGCCAAGUUUUUUUUUUUUUUUUUUUUAUAAUCAGAAUGCCAAGUUUGACUGAUACGAAGUGGUAUGAGUUUAUUUUUUAAAAGCUCUUGAGCAAUGAAAUUAUUAAAGACCAAUAGAUAUUGCGAUCAAAGAAAUUGUUGCUUGUGGCCUGUGGGUAGGAGUAGGAUCCAUAGUUGUGCAAUUAAUUUGUUAAGCAGUACUACUUCAUAAGAUUGGCAGGCACUACUGUUACUGUGAUGAACUGAUUGGGUUACACAUAAUCCAGGGUUACUUCUAAUUAAUAUCGAAGUGUUUUUUUUUUUUUUUUUUACUUUGGCUUUGUUGACUUUGCAGUUCCAAAAGCUUUUUUCAUUUUCCCCUUGCGCUAUCUACAACUGGAAUUGGUCUUGGCCCUAAAGAUUUUCUAUUUGGGCUGGGCCAUUGAGCGGCGGUUGGACGUUGUUUGGCACCGACGCCAAUUAUAUGGCUAAUACUACAGUGCCGCUAUUAAAAUUGCGGCACCGGUGCAGCCAAUUCUUAUUGGCCCAUGUGGCAUUGGUAAACAUCCCGAUUUCUGUAACCCGAACCCAGAAUUUCGGUUCAAUUCCUCUGCAACCAAUUAUUAGCCCAAGACUUCAAUCCAAAACUUCAUCGGAAUUUCGCCAGGCAGGCAUCCUCUCAAAACUCAGUCAGAUCUAAUUCUAUCAAUGGGUUGUUCCGCUCGUUCCUUACAACUUCCUCUCACCUCUAUCCCGCCGCCUCCCGUCUUUUUCUUCCCUUCCACCUCCUCCUCCCGGUCUUCGCUGGUUUCGGUGCCCCGGCGAUUCCCCGCCAGCGAGCUAGCUACGACGGCUUUACCAAUCAUUGUUUUCUUUAGGUCUUCGUACAUUGUCCAGAUAUUGGUGGAUGAGAAGUUGAGAACAAAACGUAGAUGAGGAUAUCGAAUAGGUCCGGGAGGACAGUGACUAGGGCUAGGGUGAUUUAGGAGUGCGAGGCUGAUAAGCAGAAUCAGGUAAUGUAUGGAUGAUUGAAUUGAAGGAAUGAAUGCACUGUUGUUUUCUGUUUAGGCGGAUAUCAGAAAUUUGGGGUUUAAGGUAAUUCAAUUUUCACGAGGGGAUUCAUCUACGAGAUGAGAGAAUUUUUGCUUUAGAUUUAGAUGCGAUGAAGAGCCUACAACUCUGAUGUUUGAAAUGAUGAUCUUAGUACACUAUGGGUGGGUGUGAGGAGAGAAUUCGUGUAGAUAGGAUGAAAUGAAGAACUUAGAACUUUUGUUGUGGUGAAGUGUGAUGGAAAGAUCUGUUGCAUUUAGCUGAUGCUCUGUGCUUGACAGGGUUUUGUCUUGAAAUUGUAUGAGGAAGAAAGUUAGAAACUACAGUUGAGUUCAUGUGGUGGUAGCUAAACGGCAAACACAACCUUCAUUUGUGAAUUCCAUUCAUCGAACCUUUGUUCUGCUGCUCAUCAUCCUAUGGUCAAUGUUGCUUUGAACUUUUGAGAAAAGGUUCAGAGGAAUUAUCUCUUUGAAUUCAUUUCGGUUACAUUUCUAUGUAUUAUGUUGGAAAAUGAACGGCAGGUCUGAUGUUUUUGUAUCCUGGAUAUGGGUAAUAGGUAUCACUGAGCUGAGAAUUCUGCCUUGUGAUGAAGAGCAGGAGCCGGUGACUAGUGAUAUGUGCAAGUUAGUGGAUUUAGUAGCCGAUUAAUUGGUGCACAGAAUGCAAUCUAGUUCAUAAUGUGUGUUUCCCGUUGAACACCCCUGAACUUGUUAAUUAAGUCGAUGACAAUGAGGUGGAGAUUGUCCAAACUUGUGCCUUUUGGAUGAAAACUCUGCUUGCCUGUUUAUUUUUCACAGCGGGAGUAUGAAACUUGCAAGAAGUGGAAGAGCUCAAGAAUGACGCACCCGAGAACCUUCUCUCAAUAUUGAAGGAAUGUGAUAUUCAAAGGCUUUCAGGGGUGUCAACAUCUUUGAUGAACUACUCAGUUUCUUCUGUAUAGAUAUUUAUUAAUUCAUGGAUGUUUAUUGAAUCUAGUUCCGCCGGAUAUGAUAUCAAGACUUUAAAAAUCGGGUUAAUUGCAUGGUUGGUCACUGAGAUUACAAAAAACGCUCAAGUUUGGUCACUCAAAAUAUUUAAAUUCAUUGGUGGUACUUCAAAUUACUGAAACCGUUCACGUUUGGUCACUCUCCGUCCAACUCCGUUAACUUUUGCUUUCGUGGCGGUCAACUCUAAAAAUUGACCGUUAAAUGUGUGACGUGGCAAUUUAAAAAUAUUAAAUUAAAUUAAAUUUUUCAAAAUUAU